AAUCACCAAGCUUGAAGGAGAUCUAAAGGAGGUCUUAGCGUGGAAAUCAGCGAUAAUGCCUAUUGUACAUCUCGUUGAAACAUCCAAGGAGGGUAUUCCAGAAAAUCAUGUUUUUUAGAUUUCCCAGAAAUUUUGAAAUAAAGAAAUAUACGGAACACUCAUUUCCAAGGUAAACUAUUGCAAUCUAGACAUGUAUAGUAUAAUAUUGACAGGCUGCCUGCAACUGUAGAAAGACUUGAGAAGUUAACUACAAGGACUUCGGGAGAUAUCGAAUUCAUCAAAAUCGACCUGAAUAAGAAAGCAACCCUCAACGAUUUUGUAGAUUUCAAACAAAGAAUCACAAAUUAUUACCUUCCCAAGACCGAAGCUGAGGAGUUUGCUACCAAGUCAUCAGUAUUAAAGCUAGAUGAUUCACUGAAUCGCUUUAGAAAGGAAUAUCUAUCGAAAGAAGAAUUUGGAGAGAGAAUGGUUCAAUUCAGGAACAAAAGUGAGAAUUUAUAUUGUUCUAAGACCCUCAUUACUCAUGAUAUCGACAAGAUCAUGAAAGACUUACCCAAAAUUGAUAGUGACAUUAAGGGGCUCUAUGAUUCAGUUAAAAGGCAGGACAACGCACUCGCCAAUAUAAAAGAAAACCUUAAGAAGGUUAGCAAGGAACUGAACUCUAAGAUUGAUAUUAGUUACAAAGCUGAGGUUUCAGAGAAAGUGUCCAAAUUUUGCUCAUAUCAGCAUAUAAAAGAUGUCAAAAUAGAUGUGAAAAAUAGUCUUGAUAAAUUCAAGGAAAAACUGCAAAAAUUUCACAAUCACAUAGUCAAAUUUGCAAAAGAUGUCAAGAAUAGCAAGGUGAUAAUCCAAAGAUUUGACGAGCUCAUCUGAGAAAAAGCGUCUAAAUUUGAGGUUACAAAUUCAGCCUCCUUUCUUGAAAGACUGUCCAAAGAAGUUGACAAGAUCAAAGCUAUACUGGCUCAAGACUCCACUCCUGAAGAGUUAAGGAGUAUCCAUAAUCAGAUAGAUAUCUUGAGGGAUGAAACAGCUGAAUAUAAGAGUACAAUCAUUGCGAAACUUGAUUCUACAAUAGAAGGGUUUACUUUACAACUAGAGGACAAUAUGAUAAAAUUUAUUGACAAGAAUUGAGUCACACAAGAAAUUAUAGAAAAUAUCCACGACUGUAUCUCCCUCAAAAUUGAUGAGAAGAAAUCCAAUAAGGUUAUUAAGACCUUAUUAAAGCAGAUGGGAAUGCUUAACGUCAUCCUUGCAGAAAAUAUCAGAAUGGAAUCUACUGAUAAAGAGGAAUCUGAAGUAGCUAAAAGCAAGAAGAUCAACUAUUUGCUAAAGCAGUCAACUUCUCUGCAGAAAUGGAUAGAUCAGUUUCAGGAUUGUGAUAAUGAAAGUAUUAAGAAGUAUGUCAAGGGAGCGCAUAAUUUAAGAUCUCUAUCCGUCAUCCCAAAGGGACUUAAUGACCUAAAGAAUAUGGCUGAUGGAGAAAUUGAUAAUAUAAAUCCAUGUCUCACUUCAAAGCUAAAAUCCCGAUCUAAAAUAUCUAGCCCAAGAGGAUUAAGUAAUAAGAAGAAUAAUCGACUGUUUAUUUCUUCUAUAACUCCUAACAUUAAUGGAAGUUGCAAGACUUAUUUUGGAAGCAAGGCUAUCUCUAAUAAGUUCAGCAUAAAAGAAGAUGAUGCAUACUGCCCCAAGAUUCUUCGGAGAGAUUUCAUGAACAAAAGUGAGAGUGGUCCUUCGAUGUAUGCUACGAAGAAGCAGAUGGUUAUCAAUGAUAUCUCAAAAAGUUCCUAUCAAAAUAUUAAGAGGAUCAUCAAGAAGAAAACAAAGAUGAAUCUCUCUCUGAGCAAGACGUAUUCUAGUAAUGGCAGGGAUGCUUCUGCUCAUUUGAAAGAAUAACCUGAGUCGUUUCAGUUCCUGUUUCAAUA